AUGCGCUACGCGGACCCUUCGGCGAACAGGGAUUUGUUGGGGAACCGAACUUUGCUCUUCAUCUUCAUCUGCGCCUUCGCCUUGGUGACUUUGCUGCAACAGAUCCUGUAUGGCAGGAACUACAUCAAGAGAGGCCUCCAGUUUGGUUGGCAGAGUGACGACCAGCUGGCCAAUUGGACGGGGCUCUUUAAUGUCACGGACGACCCAGAGUCACCCAGCGGCAGUGACUCCAGCUCCAGGUACUUUGAAUUUUACGAGGGCCCUUUAGAAUAUAACUCCACAAGAUGUCAGGAGCUGAGGAACGAGAUCUUGGAGGUGAAGGUGCUGUCCAUGGUGAAGCAGUCGGAGCUGUUCGACAGGUGGAGGAGCCUGCAGAUGUGCAAGUGGGCGAUGAACAUCUCUGAAGCCAACCAGUUCAAGUCCACUCUGUCCAGGUGCUGCAAUGCCCCCUCCUUCCUCUUCACCACCCAGAAGAACACGCCCCUGGGGACGAAGCUCAAGUAUGAGGUGGACUCCAGCGGCAUCUACCACAUCAACCAGGAGAUCUUCCGCAUGUUUCCCAAGGACAUGCCCUACUACCGGUCGCAGUUUAAGAAGUGUGCAGUGGUGGGCAACGGAGGCAUCCUCAAGAACAGCCGCUGCGGGAGGGAGAUCAACAGCGCCGACUUUGUCUUCCGGUGCAACCUACCCCCCAUCUCAGAGAAGUACACCGUGGAUGUGGGGGUGAAGACGGACGUGGUCACUGUGAACCCCAGCAUCAUCACAGAGAGGUUCCACAAGCUGGAGAAGUGGCGGCGGCCCUUCUACCGCGUGCUGCAGGUCUACGAGAACGCGUCGGUGCUGCUGCCGGCCUUCUACAACACGCGCAACACCGACGUGUCCAUCCGCGUCAAGUACGUGCUGGACGACUUCCAGUCGCAGCAGGCCGUCUACUACUUCCACCCGCAGUACCUGGUCAACGUGUCGCGCUACUGGCUCAGCCUGGGCGUGCGAGCCAAGCGCAUCAGCACCGGCCUCAUCCUGGCCACCGCGGCGCUGGAGCUCUGUGAGGAGGUGCACCUGUUCGGCUUCUGGGCCUUCCCCAUGAACCCUUCGGGCCUCUACAUCACUCAUCACUACUACGACAACGUCAAGCCCCGCCCGGGCUUUCACGCCAUGCCCUCCGAGAUCUUCAACUUCCUGCACCUGCACAGCCGAGGCGUCCUCCGCGUGCACACGGGCACCUGCAGCUGCUGCUGAGGGCACGCUGGCUGCCCGCCCGCCCCCCGGAACCUUGCACCUCCUUUCCCUCCGUGCCGGGCAGGGCACCGUGAAGGCCUGGCUGACAGGCUGUCACUCCCUCAGUGGUUCAGCUUCAUGCUUGGGACCUGUGGGCCCAGAGGCAGGGGUGGGGUUCAGGGCAGAGUCAGCUCCGCGCUGGGCACGCUGGGUCUCAGGCUGGGCCCUGUGUCUCUGCCCUGCCUACGGUGGCAUGCUGCUGGGUCACACCUCAACGUCCUGGCCCUGGGGAUUGCAAGUGAAUAAAGCACAUUUCCACUCAAUUUUAU